AUGACCAGUUAUUGUACAUUUGGAAAGUUAUUAGGCAUUAUGAUUGUGCUACAAAUUCUGAACAAAGUUCAAACACAACAUCCAAACGACUUGAAUUUUAAGGAGCUUUACCGGUAUACCGAUGAGCCCGAGAUAAAUGUGGUUAAGACAAGAGUUACUGACUACAGUUUGAUGGAAUUAGAGAUACCUAUCAGUUUUUAUAGUAAAACAUAUCAUCAAAUUUAUAUCAACACAAAUGGAAUUCUAACGUUUGAUAAAGAAUUAUCAGAAUUCAUUAAUCUGGAAUAUCCAGGGAAAAAUCCAUCAAUUGCGCCAUUUUAUGCAAAUGUGGAUACAUCGGAUUCAGGAAACUCAACCAUUAUCAGUCUUUUCAAAUCACAGAAUCAUGAGAAACUACAUAAGGCUAAUAGUCUUGUUCGCAGAAAAUAUUCCAACAAUUUUGAAGCCACAAUUUUAUACGUGGCUACUUGGGAGAAUGUUGGAUAUUAUCAUGCUAAAACAGAUAAGUUCAACACAUUCCAGGCUAUCAUAAUUUGCAACUCGGAUGAAUCCUAUGUUCAGUUUAUUUACCCGGAAGAGGGUAUAAAUUGGUUACAGGCUGAAUCUGGACAAAGUGGAAAUCUAGAUUUUCCAGCUCAAGCGGGUUUUGCUUCGGAUGAUGGAAGAUACUUCAUGAUAAAUGGAUCUGGAACUGAAAAUGUUGCGAAUUUGAGUAAGAUGUCGAAUAUUGGAAUCAAUGGAGUCUUCUUAUAUCGUGUUGGUCUGCUAGAUUUUGAUUCAAAUAUUUCCGAUGAAGAUAAUAAAAUUGUUUCACCAAUGUCUUGUGCCGAAGCUGGUCGUGUAACAUGUCAUUCCUCAGCUGCCUGCAUCGAUAAAACUGAAGGAUUUUAUUGCAAGUGCUUUGAAGGAUUCUACGGAAACGGGCUUUCAUGUAUCAAAAAUACAACGAUCAUCAGCAUUUCUGGAUCGCUAAGUGGCCAAAUUAAUAAUCGUACUAUUGAUAUGGAUGCGGAAGUUGUAUCAAUAAUAAGUAUGGAAAAAGGUGUUAGUCAAACUGUCAUCACACCAAUCAGUAGCAUAUUGGAGGGCCAGUUAAAGCUGGCUGUACCAGUUUUCAGUUCUUUUGGCUGGCUGUUUGCAAAACCACUAUCCCCGGAAUUUAUGAAUGGCUACCAGUGGACCGGUGGUAAGUUCGUUCACAGCUCUGAAUUGAUUUUCGAGUCUGGUGAGAUCCUACACAUCAAUCAAACAUUUGAAGUAAAUGAUCGUACGCAGACAGUUAAAAUCGAUAUUAAUGGAUUCGUAGCGAAGAUCGAGUAUGACGAAGAAAUUGAAAUUCCGAGUUAUACCAAAGAAUUAAAAUUUGCAUCCCCGAAUACAAUUUCAUCAACAGUAGAACAUUAUGUUAAGAUUCCUUCGGAGAACAAAACUAUUGCAUUUCAGUUAAGUCAAAACAUUUCCUUUGAAUCCUGCAACUCAUGUUACAGCAACGAAAUCGAUGUCACGGAAAUAACUUCUCUCGAAAAAAUUUCUAGAACUUCUUUGAAAUUAAUUCCAAUUCCGUAUUCUCUACGUAGUACUGAGAUGAUUACAAAAAUUGGUGAUGACGAUUCAUUGAAUCCUUGUUUUAAAGCAAACUGCUGGAAAUUUAGUAGCUGUGUUCCAGACGAAUAUUCUUAUAAAUGCGUUUGUCCGGCUGGAUUGGAGGAGAAUGUGACGGAAGAUGGUGUCGAGUGCGUCGAUAUUGACGAGUGCCAAAACGAAUUAAGUCCGUGUAGGGAUGAUGGUUACUGUGUUAAUGUUUUUGGUGGAUAUGAAUGUUUUUGCAAAGACCCAAACGAGUAUGAUUGCGUCCGUAAAUUAGAGGAUGAUGAACAAGAAGAAGAUUGUUAUGACAAUCCAAAACUAUGUAGCGAUCAUGCUUCCUGUGAACGAUCUAAAACUGAUCAAGCGUUAUUUGAGUGCAUAUGCAAUCCUGGUUUCUACAGCAUCGAGAGCAAUAGAAAUGUUUGUGAGGAAGAGACCUGUAAACAAAACCCAUCUUUGUGUCAUCUAAAUGCUAACUGUCACUCGAUUAAUGGUACAAAUACCUGCGUUUGCAAGCAUGAUUUGCAGUUUGCUCAUGUUCCUCAAUACUAUUUAAAUAUAAAUUUAACAAUGAUUCGUCGGAACUUCUUGCUUGACGUGAAGAACUUGGAAGUUCAUCGUUUUGUUGAGGAACUGAGACAGUUCUCUGUAUAA